AUGAGAAACCACACAGAAAUAACAGAGUUUAUCCUCCUGGGAUUGUCAGAUGACCCACAGCUUCAGGUGGUGAUCUUUGUCUCUCUGCUCAUCACCUACAUGCUCAGCAUCACUGGCAACCUGACCAUUAUCACCCUUACCCUGCUGGAUUCCCACCUCCAGACCCCCAUGUAUUUCUUCCUCAGAAACUUCUCCUUAUUAGAGGUUUCAUUCACAACUGUCAGCAUACCCAAGUUCCUGGGCACCAUGAUGACUGGAGAUAAAACCAUUUCCUUUAAUGACUGCAUUGCUCAGCUAUUUUUUUUCAUUCUCUUGGGAGUCACUGAAUUUUACCUUCUGGCCGCCAUGUCCUAUGACCGUUACAUUGCCAUCUGCAAACCUCUGCAUUACAUGACCAUCAUGAAUCACAGAGUCUGCAUACUCCUUGUCUUCUCUUCGUGGCUAACGUCAUUCUUAAUCAUAUUCCCCGCACUCAUGUUGCUCCUAAACCUUAAUUACUGUAGGUCUAAUGUUAUUGACCAUUUUACCUGUGAUUAUUUUCCCCUGCUGCAACUUUCCUGUUCAGACACAAAAUUCUUAGAGGCGCUGGGGUUUUCCUGCGCUGUGUUCACUUUAAUGUUCACUUUGGCCUUGAUAUUUCUGUCUUACACAUAUAUCAUCAGAACAAUUUUAAGAAUUCCUUCUACUAGUCAGAGGAAAAAGGCCUUUUCCACAUGUUCAUCCCAUAUGAUUGUCAUCUCCAUCUCCUAUGGCAGCUGCAUUUUCAUGUACAUUAAUCCAUCAGCAAAAGACACAGUGUCUCUGAGCAAGGGAGUUGCUGUGCUAAACACCUCAGUGGCCCCCAUGCUGAACCCCUUUAUUUACAGCCUAAGGAAUCAGCAAGUCAGGCGAGCCUUCAUGGACAGGGCAAGGAAGAUUGUAUUUUUCUCCAGAUAACGAAAGGCUGUGGUGUCAUGAAUUAGCCACAUACCACAUGGCAAUUUAAAAUAUACAAACAUGAAAUUCAAGGAAUUCUUCAGGUCACAAUGGCCUUCCUGUUUCCUUAUUCAUUCUUUGUUUGUU